AUGUCCGAAAACGGUCCCCAGAUUAUCUUUGGCACGGCCUCAAUUGGCUACGGCUCUCUCGCCGAGGAAGAUGCUAUUCAAAAGUUUCUCCAGGUAGCUUCAGACAAUGGUGUCAAGCAACUUGAUACUGCUGCUAGCUAUCCUACCGAGGAAGCCACAGGCCAAACCGAGGUUCUCCUCGGAAAGGUCAAGUCCAGCGAGCAGAACUGGCUCAUUGACACCAGAGUUGCCAUCAGCCGUAACCUCCUCGGCUGCCUGGCACCUGAGGCUAUUGAGAAGAGCUUGAACACAAGUCUUGAGCGUCUUCACCAAGACUCAGUCAACAUUCUCUCAGCCCAUAUGCCUGAUCCAGGUACUUCUCUUGAAGAUCAGGCAAGAGGUUUUGAUGAGCAGUUCAAAAAUGGCAAGUUCAAAAAGCUGGGUCUUUGCAACUGGCCUCUCAGUAUGAUUGAGAAGUACAUCGAGAUCUGCGAUGCUAAGGGCUAUAUCAAGCCCUCAGUUGCCCAGUACAUGUACAACUAUAUCUGGCGCGGAACAGGAACCAAGAUUCUAGAGUUCCUUCGAAAGCAUAAUAUUGCUCUGCACGCCUACAGUCCCCUUGCAGGAGGUUUUCUUACUGGAAAGCCUACCAGCGGUGAUACAGCCGGCACACGCUACGGCGAGCCAACCCAUCCCCUCACCAUCUACAAGUUUAUAUAUGACAAGGAGCCCUUCCACAAGGCUGUCAAGGACCUGUAUGGUCUCAUCAAGGAUGGUGAGGUUGAAAGCACUUCUGAUGUUGCUAUUCGAUGGCUCUACUACCAUUCCAAGCUUGAGUCUCAGGAUGCCAUUAUCUUGGGUGGAUCAAAGGUUGAGCACUUUGAGAAGAAUGUUGCGGCUGUUAAGAAGGGACCUUUACCUGAAAAGGUGCUGAAGGCUCUUGAGGGGUUGGAGGUUACCGAGGCUGGUAUGGGCGACGGAAACGUAUUUGGUUCAGUUUUCGAACAGUAG